UAAAGGAGCCGCCGGAGAGGAGAGUCCGACUCUCAGGUGAAAGUAGUCCAGCCGGCUCACACGGAGUUUGUCCGGCCGAGGGGGUGCGCGUCUGGUGCUGGGGGGGUCUGGGGAGUUCGCGCGGACGCAGUUUAGUGGGUUGAGAGGAGUGCUGAGAGAUGAGGCGUCGCGGCGCGUAGUAUGAAAAGCGAACUCCGAACUCGGAGCGCGUCGGUCGGCUCGAGCUCUUACUGGACCAUUAAGGCGCGCUCUUUGACGAGAUGAUCCACCUGGGGCGCUUCUCUCUGCGCGCGACAGCAGAGCCUCGUCACUGACCCGGGCGGGCUGUCCGACACACGCUGGGUGUUCUUAACCAGGGUCAACAUGUCUAAAGUGAUACAGAAGAAGAACCACUGGACUACCAGAGUGAACGAGUGCGCGGUGUGUAAGAGCAGCGGCGGGGAGCUGAGCGUGCGGCUGCGCGGCGGCGCGGAGAGCGGAGAGUUCACCUACGUUGGGGAAGUGCGCGAGGACACCGCGCAGUACAAGUACGGACAGCUGGGCGAGGGGGAGCUGCUGCUGGAGGUCGAGGGUCUGUCCGUGUCCGGACUGCCUCUGUACGACGUUCUGACGGUGAUAAAGAACUGCAAAGGUCCCGUGCGCAUGAAAACCGUCAGACAAGGACAUAAACUGAACAAGGACCUGAGGCACUACUUAAGUCUGCGCUUCCAGAAGUCCUCACCAGACUACGAUCUUCAGCAGACCAUCAGAGACAAUCUAUACCGCCAUGCUGUGCCUUGUACCACCCGGCCCCCUCGUGACGGCGAGGUUCCAGGGGUGGACUACAACUUCUUGUCAGUGCAGGAAUUCCUGGAGUUGGAGCAGUGUGGGACUCUUUUGGAAAUAGGAACGUAUGAGGGUAACUAUUAUGGAACGCCCAAGCCACCCAACCACCCCUCCUGCGCGUCAGUGAUUACCCAGGAUGCUUUGCGAGACGGCCUUCCUGGCUCUCAGAAUUCUACGCCCAAGCGCACCAAGUCCUACAAUGACAUGCAACAUGCUCGAGUAGUGCCCGUUGAGCCGACGGAGGAUGCAGACUUCAGCACAGACAUGAACAACGCUUUCACAGGAGACUCCAGCCGGCAGGAAGUGCACGGCGUGGUGCGAGAUAACGCCCCCUCCAACGCGCUCAGCAACGUGGCUGUGUCUCCCGCGGCAACCAUGGCCAGCUCCCAUCAUCCUCACCUUCCUCCGGAGGAUGACCCGCUCGGCCCGUUGCCAGACAACUGGGAGAUGGCCUACACCGAAAGUGGAGAGGUCUACUUCAUAGACCACAACACAAAGACGACCUCAUGGAUGGACCCUCGCUGUGCAGAUAAACAGCAGAAGCCUUUGGAGGAGUGUGAUGAUGAUGAAGAAGGGGUACACACUGAGGAACCAGACAAUGAGCUUGAAUUGCCUCCAGGUUGGGAGAAGAUAGACGACCCAGUGUAUGGUGUAUAUUAUGUAGAUCACAUUAACAGAAAGACACAGUAUGAGAAUCCAGUGUUGGAGGCCAGACGUAAAAAACAGGUCGAUAUCCAGCAGCCACCAGAAGGUGAGCGCUACGUCAGAGAAUGGAUAGAGGAGCACUCUUCGGCGGGGGCUCCAAUCGCUGCAUACGUUCCAAAUCACUUGGAGACAUACCGGGACCCCCAGAGCGGCCCACCCCUCCCUCCAGUGCCAGGCUCUAAACGAGGGAAGCCGUUCUUCACGAGGAACCCCGCAGAACUGAAGGGCACGUUUAUAAACACUAAACUACUGAAGAGUAGACGUGGGUUCGGAUUUACUGUUGUCGGUGGAGACGAGCCGGACGAGUUUCUGCAGAUCAAAAGUCUAGUACUGGAUGGCCCUGCCGCUGUGGACGGAAAGAUGGAGACAGGUGACGUUAUUGUAAGCGUCAAUGACACCAUCGUCCUGGGCUACACCCAUGCACAGGUGGUCAAGAUCUUCCAGUCCAUCCCCAUUGGCUCCAUGGUCCAGCUGGAGCUGUGCCGUGGCUAUCCACUACCAUUUGACCCUGACGACCCCAACACCAGCCUGGUCACAUCAGUGGCCAUCCUGGACAAGGAGCCUAUCAUCGUCAAUGGCCAGGAGGCCUUCGACCCGCCCCCACUGGGCUUGAGCCAGUCAGCCACAGGGCCCACAGAGCCCCGCCCCUACAGCCCCACGGCGGAGGGCCCCGGCUCCGCGGCGGCGAUGACGGAGGGUUACGGCAGUGACGUGGUGACUCUGGCGUCGUCCAUCGCCACGCAGCCGGAGCUCAUCACCGUGCACAUGGAGAAGGGCGACAAGGGCUUCGGCUUCACCAUUGCCGACUGCGGCAGUGGCAGCAGCGGAGGCCAGAAGGUCAAGCAGAUCGUGGAUUACCCACGCUGCCGCGGUCUGAAGGAAGGAGACAUCCUGGUGGAGGUGAACAAGAGGAACGUGCAGAGCAUGAGCCAUAACCAGGUGGUGGACCUGCUCAGCAAGUGUCCACGUGGUAGUGAGGUCACCAUGCUGGUACAAAGAGGCGUGGUGCAGGCCAAGAGGAGUCCCAAAGUGGUGCAAUUGGAGAGGAAGGACAGUCAAGGCAGUUCUCAGCAUAGUGUGUGUAGUCACCGCAGCACCCACACUGAUUCUCCUGCCCGUGCAGUGCCCGCUGUACCCAGCGAGACACUGGCGGCUCCGCCCCCGGUGCCCCCACCCCCCACCCAACCCCUCCCCAGUCUGCCCCCACUGGAGCCGCCCACCAAUGGAACCCUCCAGAAGAAGCCUGACCCCUUCAAGAUUUGGGCACAGUCCAGGAGCAUGUACGAGAGCCGAAUGCCAGACUCUCAAGAGCAAGACAUCUUCCUCUGGAGAAAAGACACUGGAUUCGGCUUCAGAAUCCUUGGUGGGAACGAACCUGGAGAACCGAUCUACAUUGGGCACAUAGUGAAGUACGGGGCAGCGGAUGAGGACGGACGUCUGCGCUCUGGGGACGAGCUGAUCUGUGUAGACGGAACGGCCGUGGUGGGGAAGUCUCACCAGCUGGUGGUGCAGCUCAUGCAGCAGGCGGCCAAACAGGGCCACGUCAACCUCACAGUCCGCCGCAAGACCGGCUAUGGAGUGUGUAAGGGUGAAGGAGACGUCCCCCCAUCUCCUGCCUCAUCCCACCACAGCAGCACACAGGCUCCAUCUCUGACCGAAGAGAAGCGCACGCCUCAGGGCAGCCAGAACUCCCUCAACACAGUCAGCUCAGGCUCGGGUUCCACCAGUGGUAUCGGCAGCGGGGGUGGAGGGGGCAGUGGAAGCGCUGUGGUCGCUGUGGCUCCAGCCGCUCUGCAGCCCUAUGACGUGGAGAUCCAGCGUGGAGAGAACGAAGGCUUCGGCUUUGUCAUCGUCUCUUCGGUUUCUCGGCCUGACGCCGGGACAACAUUUGCUGGAAAUGCAUGUGUGGCCAUGCCCCAUAAAAUAGGUCGCAUCAUUGAGGGGAGUCCGGCGGACCGCUGCGGGAAGUUGAAGGUGGGCGACCGAAUCCUGGCUGUCAACGGCUGUUCCAUCACCAACAAGUCCCACUCGGACAUCGUCAACCUCAUCAAAGAGGCCGGGAACACGGUCACCUUGCGCAUCAUCCCAGGAGACGAGUCUUCAAACGCCUCUCUUUUGACCAAUGCCGAGAAGAUAGCCACCAUCACCACCACACACACGCCUCAGAGCAGCAGCGAGCCCAGGAACAACAAAUCGAAACAGGCCCCUCCCCCACCUGCAACGCAAACCUCCAAUCAGGAUGCUGAGUUUUACUCGGUGGAUCUGGAGAGAGACAGUAAAGGCUUUGGCUUCAGCCUGCGAGGAGGGAAGGAGUAUAACAUGGACUUGUACGUGCUGAGACUGGCAGAAGAUGGAGCUGCAGUGAGGAAUGGCAAGAUGAGGGUAGGAGACGAGAUUUUGGAGAUUAAUGGAGAGAGCACUAAGAAUAUGAAGCAUUCCCGUGCCAUCGAGCUCAUCAAGAACGGCGGCCGAAGGGCGAGACUCGUCUUGAAGAGAGGAGACGGCUCUGUGCCAGAGUAUGACGGGCCCAAUGACGGGUACCCUGCCCCACCCGGGCCACAAAAUCUUUCGGAAAUGAGAUCCCUGCCGUCCAACGGCCGAUUUCACCUCUCAUCGGAGUCCAGCUACACAUCAGAAUAUCAUCCACCACCCUGGCCCCAGGAGCACCGGCUGAGAGAGCGAGAACGAGAGAGGGAUCAAGGGAGGGAGGAAUAUAAGGACUACGCCCAUUAUCCCAAAGCCCCUCACCACCUCCACCACCACCACACCUGGAAUAACAGCAACCACUCCGGCCCCCGCGCCCACUCACCCUCCCCUUCUCCCGAAAACGACAAAAAGAACUCACGCCGCAAAGUCAAGAAAUCAGAGUCAGAAAGCGGCAUCGCCAAACUCUUCAAGACGCUGAGGAAGGAGGGUGGCUUUGGGAAGAAGUCCUCUGACCGGGACCUUCGGGGAAGAGGCUAUGAACGCUCUCCAGAAAGGGGGAGCCAAAGCAGGCCUCAGACACGCCGUGGCUCUCUGGACCGCUCCCCCAGCCGCAAGCGCAACUCCUCUCCGGACCGCCGCAGGGCCAAGUCCGUGGACCGGCGGACAGACCGCUGGCAGCGCGACUAUUCUCCGGACUCUCGCGCGUCCAGCCAAGUCCUGCUGCAGCAGGCCGCAACUCCCGACAGGCAUUUGCGUCCCCAGAGGGAGGCUCACACUCCGGGCAGGAAUUACUUACGGGAGGAGGGUUACCUCACUUCCACUCCGGAAAGAUCCAACAACGCCCAGGCGGUGUUGCUGGCCCGCAGCCACACGCCUGAACGAGGCCUGAAAAACGGCAACGUGCUGCGGGACGUUUCUCCCUCCAGCCGUGGUGACAGUAUUAGCAACGGCACGCCGGAGAGACGCUACCGAAGGGAGUCGGACAGCAGCAGCAGCAGCAGUUACCUAGAGGAAGCCGCCACCCCCCGGCUGAAGGACUACUACAACGCGCUGAAGGCCAACGGCGCAAACGGGACCAAUGCGGGCAGAGCUCCUACCCAGCACCCUCAGUCCAAGAGGCGGCUUUACAAAGAAAACCACACGGACCUCAGCAUUUGAGCGCGGGGAAGCCACAAGACUCCACCCACACAUGAGCACUUGCGGAGCUGGACGACUGACGACAUCACACCUUUUUAAACAAGCUGAUGGGGUGAAUGGUUGAUUGAUUGAUUGAAUGAGUGAUUGGUUGACUGUCUGAUUGAUUGAUUGAUUGAUUGAUUGAUUGCACAUUUUCCAAGCCAGAGAUUUCCACAACUCAGCCACAAAUACAGCAGCGGAACAAUCUUGCGUCAUUUUGUUCGUUUUUUUAUAACUACAGUGUUGUGCUGAUCAGAGAGUGAGGUUUGCGCGAAUCCAUGUCUUGGUUCAGUUGAGAGAUCUAGGUCUUUUGUUUUUUAGAUAUUUUUAUUAAAUCGUCCUCUGCCCACUCUCUUUUGAUUUCCUCAACAUGCACCAGAAAAACUGUGUGAAGACGAUGCUCAACUCUUUUUGGACUGUUUGUUUGUUUGGGUUUUUUUUUGUUUUUUUUGUUUUUUUUUUUUUUUUGCGUGCUGUGUGUCCCCGAUUCCUCAUAACUGCAUUUCUGCAGACCAGAGCACAAGCCUUGAGUGUUUGUUUGUACAUUUCCUGGAUGAAUCCGUGUUUACAUGUGUGCGUGAUCAUCUCAAGUGAAGGCAAAAUUUAAAAAAGACACAAAGUAUAAAGCUACUGUCUGAUGAAGUAAUAUAUUUAAAGUGUAUUUAUUUUGAAGAAUUGGCACAUAAAGGAAGUCGACAGGACGCUUGUCGUAGUUUCUCCUUCCUAAAUGAAAUCGGAUGCUUGAUCCUGAUCUGCUGUAUGAUUAUCACACUGAAUUUUCUUGCGCAAAAUGCCGUGGACUGCUGCACAAGGGCAGAGCGCUCCUCUUCCCAGACUUCCCGACCAGACGAAAAUGUCAGGUUUCAAAUCCAUUAUUUUAUUCAGAAAGUCCCGAACCAGACGAUAUUCAUCAGAAAUCACCACGGGAACAAUUGGAAAGAGAUCAUAUCUGGGAUAGCUAAGGAAAUUACCCAUCGUUCUGAAGGUCUGGUCUACAAGUCUGAAAGAACAGAAUACAGAACUGACGGGAUGAACAGCUGACAGAGCUUGACCUGAGUAAAUGACGCUUGUGUGUUCAGGCCCCAAGGAGGUCAUUCUGUGGUUUUUCAAGCCUUGGCAAAGAUUUUUUAGUGUCUGUAGACUUCCUUUAGCACUUUUAAAUCAGUACUGGCCUGAAAAAUAACUAGAGCCUGCCAUAGACGAUGAGUAACAGAAGCCUGAACCACGGCAGAUGAUCUGGUACAAUCUGUUCAACUGAGCCAUUGUGUGUCUUUGCACUGGAGAAUGAUUAAGGCUAAACUAUGCGUCUCGUAUGAAUGUGUUUUGUUGUUUUUUUUUAGUUUUUUUCGCGUGUAUGUGCCUGUGUAUAUGAUGUUGAACCAACAUGAAGCGAUCUCUAAACACGAUGGCAAAGCAGAGCAAGUUUUCAUCAUCGUCUUCAUAGUACUGUAUUGAACCAAUAACCUGUCAGCCACCAUCUCGUGUACAGACUUUUACUACUGUAUGUAAUUACUAGCAACCUGUGGAAGAGAGGAGACCGUUGCCUUUUUCUUGUACAAAAGAGAAUUUAUGAGAGACCUUCGCCUUGAGGAACACGAUAUGGUGUGUUUAUACUCCUCAGGUGGAGGCUGUGAGUCAUAGAUAAUAUGUGUAAUUUAUACUCCAGAUCAGGCAUGUGUAAAGAUGUUUGAAAACCAGAGAGGACCGAACGUUGAUCCGUUUUCUCGGGGCCAGGGAAAAGAAUGGGGUUGAUCUGACCUUUCUUGGGGAGGGGGUUGAAUAUCUCUCGUGAUGCAUAGCCUGCCUUUUUAUUAUGGAGCACUUGUAUACUGUCUGUGGUCUCUCUGCAAUGUUAUCUGGACUUAAAUGCUUUUUCUGUGUCGAUGAAAAGCAGUACAUGUAUAUGGGCCAAUCUUUUUUAUGAAACACUAUGCAUAUAUAGAUACAACAUUGUCCAUAGCUUUAUUUGACUCAUGAAGCUAUACAUAACAUUAGUCUAAGUACAAGUAGAUGUUGACUUAUCCAGUAAAGCUUUUUUUUCUCCUUGAGAUGAAUCGCAAUGUAUAUGUAGCUAUCAAAAAGAAGUCUGUGAAUGCUAUUUUUAUUAUCAAAUAAAGUUUUCCAUACAAAUUCACAAA